UUUAUUAAUGCCAUAAAAUGGAUCAAAGUUGUGCACGGGAUGAAGAAGGAUCCUUUUCCACCGAAUGCACCGUUACCUUCUGAUAUUCGAAUCAUCUUCAAGGAAGCUCGACUCACCUUGGAAGAUGAUCCCUUCGAAAGUUUGCUGAGAAUGAGUUAUGAACUUAAGGAGGACGAGGUUUACGAAUGCGAGCGGAGACGUCAAAUGCUGGCUGAGCGUCUGCUUGCGCUAAAGAAGUCGAAUCCACUCAUGCCACAGGCUAGAAUCGAUGAACUAUAUGCAAUGCUUUUGGAAAAGAACAGUGCCAUCUACAUUGAACGCUGGAAUAAGGCAGACAAUAUCAAGAAGCCCUUGUUUGUUUCUAAAUGGACAGACUUCGAGAUACGUGCCUUUGCGGAUCCAUACUUUCAUGGACAGGAUAAGUGUAUUCGUCUUAUGCAAGAAUAUGAUCCACUGAGCUACUACCCUAAUGCUGGUCUGUGCUUCUCUACUCUCUGGGGCCGUGGCAUGGAAUUUGAUUUCAUGGAAUGGGCUGUGAACUUUAGAGACUAU